AUGGAGGCACGUGAAUUUUCACACACAUAUGCGGAGCCGAGCGAUGAGACGUCGGAGACGCUAUUCCAAAAGCGGCGUUGCUGUUUUUGCUUCCCAUCGCCAGGAGGCAUCGGCUUUAAGUGGUGGCGUAGGAUACGGACUCGGGAGGUGGAGGAAGGCUCUGUUUGGGCAAAGGGAAUUAACGCUGUACUGAAGCUACGAGAGUGGUCGGAGCUCGCGGCGGGGCCGAGAUGGAAAACUUUCAUCCGACGUUUCAAUCGGAGUAAAAGUGGAAAGCAAGGGAAAUUCCAGUAUGAUCCUCUCAGUUAUGCCCUAAACUUCGACGAAGGUCAUAGCGGGAAUAACGGAGAGGAGGAUGAGUACGGGCUCCGGAAUUUCUCGACGAGAUACGCCUCGAUUCCGGCGUCGGCCGUGGGGUCCAUGGAUUUGGGUAAGGAUGGGCCCAACUUCGUUUGA